UAUAUAAAACUCUCCAUUUAAAAGAAAAGGAACACUUCCCCAGGAAAUGACUCCACAGCAUUUUAAAAGAGUGAAGCAGUCCCUGCUAACUAUACAGCUUUCCCAUCUCUUUCACUGUCCCCCAGGCACCCAUUCCUCGCUUUCCCUUUCUCUCCUUCCCUUCCUCCCUCAACCCUAAAAAAAAAAUCUGUACUUUGAUGAAUAUCUAGCAUCUUCUCAUCUCCUGUCCCCCUACUGGUCUCAAAAUUCUAGCAUCAACCUUCUCCUCUUGCUGUCCAAAUGGGCUUUUAUUUUCUACCCUUGUGUUUCAGUACACCUCAUGAAAUCAUGAUGCCAGCGCUCAACCAAUCCACUUCAAGCAACGAACACCAACUGUAAUCUCUUCCCAUUUGUUUGUUUUUUUUACUUUCAACAUAUUUUAGCCUUAUCUUUAUUCCCUCCUCUCAAGACUUCAAGGCUCGAAGUCUUUAACCCCAUCUUCUACUGUCUUCAAUGUUUUCAAGCAAGACAAAAGGAUAGCAUCCACACAAACACAAUCCUUGUUAACCAAUCUGGAAGCUAAAUCACACACAAAAACAUACCAUGUUGUCAUCUCCAAUUCUCUACUCCUUUUCACUCUUGCUUUCCUUUUCCCUCAUCUACCUCUUCACCCCUCAAAUCCUUGUUCCUCUUCAAAACGCUCUUUCUUACGAACUUGAUGAUCCUACUCUCUUCAAGAAAGCCCUCAAGCCUUGUAAAACCAUCCCCUCCCUAGCCACCAAUAAUCCCACUCCUAAAAUUGCCUUUCUUUUCCUUACAAACUCUGAUCUCUCUUUUGCUCCUUUAUGGGAACGUUUCUUCGAAGGCUACAACAAUCUUUACAACAUCUAUGUACACGCUGAUCCAUUUAGUAAAGUCUCAAACCCAGAUGGGAUUUUCAAGAAUCGGUUCAUUCCUGGCAAGAAAACAGAAAGGGGCUCUCCUUCUCUAAUCUUAGCAGAAAAAAGGCUUCUUGCCAGAGCCAUUCUUGAUGAUCCUCUCAACCUUUAUUUUGCUCUUGUUUCUCAACACUGUGUCCCUCUCCAUUCAUUUCAAUACAUGCACGAUACCCUUUUCGGGCACAACAUUUUGAAAACUUUCACUACUCAAUCUCGUCAUCAAAGCUUCAUUGAGAUUCUCUCCGAAGAUCCAAACUUGCCGGAUAGAUACAAUGCUAGAGGGGAAAACAUUAUGUUGCCUGAAAUCCCAUAUGAGAAAUUUAGAGUUGGGUCUCAGUUUUUUGUGCUGGCAAAAAGGCAUGCUUUGCUUGUACUCAAGGAUAGAAAGUUAUGGAGGAAAUUUAAGCUUCCUUGCUUGAAUACAGAGUCUUGUUACCCAGAAGAACACUACUUUCCUACACUUUUAUCAAUGAAGAAUCCAAGAGGGUGCAGUCACUACACAUUAACAAAUGUUAAUUGGACUGACUGCUUUGAUGGGCACCCGCAUUUGUAUCAAGCAGAAGAGGUUUCACCAAAUCUGGUGCAUGGAUUGAGGCAGUCCAACUCAAGUUAUUCUUAUUUUUUUGCCCGGAAAUUUGCUCCUGAUUGCUUGCAACCAUUGAUGGAAAUGGCAGAUGAUGUGAUUUUCAAGGAUUGAAAACAAGUGAGCAAAGGCAGAUUUAAAUUCUCAAGGACAAAGAAGGCCGUUCUAGUACCUGAACUUUGGUGUAAUUACGUGAAGGUUGAAGCAAACUUAGGUUGGGUCGUGUGUGGUUAAUAUCCUGUGACAAAAAUGAUAGAAAUUUGUUUUGUUCAAAAAACAUUUAUGGGAUAGUUUUGAAAUGAUUUUAUGUUCUUUCAAGAUACAUAAAAUCAUUAUCCGUCUCUUCUUUCUUGAAAGAAUGUAUUCAAACUCUCUUUUAAAGCCAGCAUCUUUUUUGUUGUGAAUGCAUUCAGAACUUGAAUGCUUUGUUUUCAUACAACAUUGUUGUUGUAAAUGAAGUUGUUCGAGAUGUUUGCCAAUGCCAAGAUCUCCAUUUUAGAAAUUGCAGAACAGCUCUUCCUUUUUUCUUUC